AUGGCAUGGCUACCCAGGCUCAACCUCCGCCCGAGUGAACCAGACAGUGAGCCCUCAGAUGGCCUGGAGGAGGCCGCGAAAGUGGCGAUAUUGGAGAAGGCCAUGAAAGGGCGACAGCCCACUGACCUCAUGCUGAGAUGCACAAUCCUGGAUGCUGAUGGCAAUGUCAAGACUAUCUCGGGUCAAUUCCGAAGAGCCGACCUGUGUUCGGAGCACCGACUGAACCCGCGUGAUCUGCGUAAAAUCGACUCGCGAAUACCUAACCUUGUGCCCACAAUAUUGGUGCGAAAAGAGGUGAUCCUUGUCAACAUCUUGCACAUUCGCGCCCUUGUCAAGGCUGACACAGUCGUUCUCUUCGAUACUUACGGCUCGGCGGACUCCAGGCUCCACUCCGUAUUUCUUUACCACCUUGAGCACAACCUCAAGACCAAGAAUCCGGGACUGCCGUAUGAAUUCAGAGCUCUCGAAUCCGUCCUUCUUUCCGUACUCAGCGCCCUAGAGGCGGAAAUGGUCUUCAUUCGUAAUCUCGUCGGCGGUUUGCUUGCGGAGUUAGAGGACGACAUAGAUCAUGAUCGCUUCAAGCGGCUGCUGCAUUACUCCAGGCGCCUCGCAAGCUUCCAAAACCGCGCGAAGCUGGUGCAAGAGGCUCUUGAGGAGGUGCUGGAACAAGAUGAGGACUUGGCUGCAAUGUACCUAACCGACAAGAAGAAUGGCGUGCUGCGCAGGCUGAGCGAUCACGAAGACCUCGAGGUGCUCCUGGAGUCGUUCUCCAAGCAGGUCGAAGAAAUUGUGAACGAAGCGGAAAACAUACAGAGCAACGUGCAAUCCACGCAAGAGAUUGUUGAACUAGUAUUAGACUCUAAUCGUAAUCAAUUGCUCGCGCUCGACCUCAAAAUCUCUAUAUGGACUAUGGGAAUUGGAAUGGGCACAUUAGUAGCCGGUAUGUUCGGCAUGAAUCUCAAGAGCAGUCUUGAAGAGAGCGACUACGCGUUCGGCAUGAUGUCGAUCGCCUCACUCAUCAUUGCCGGGUUUUUCUCUUGGAACGGCCUGCGUCGACUCGCUAAAAUUCGCAAGGUCGGGCUCGGCUCGAAAAACCGUAACAUGUCUAAGCAGUUCUUGCUCCGAGAGUCGAGAGGCGGUGAUGGUUGGUGA